CAAAUGUCAUAUCUCUGGAUGUAGCGUUGAUGGAAAUCAAGAAGCAAAUGUCUGCUGAUCCAAAUGGUUGUUACGUUGUCGACAUGAUGCCCAAUCUUCGUUUUCUUGUACAGAGCUCAGAACUCGUUAAAAACCCAAAGGAAGAGAUGGAAUCAUUUGAAAAUGAAUACCCUGUGUCAUUUGCCAUCAACUUUGACAAUCCCCCGGAAAGACUGACUAAAGAGCAUGCUAAUUCUAAAAACUCUCAGUCCGGAACCCAGGCGGUGCCAGGGACGAAGAGUGAUGAAGCUGACUAUGGGAGAACUAAGAGACGAGCUACGUUGUUUCAAAACAGUGUUCGUCCGUUUAUAAACUAUUUUCUGCAGUCGGACAGACUAGUCAAUGUCGACGUGUCAUCAGGAGCGCUCGAUCUGGUGUGGGAAAAAAUAUGCAGCAUCUUCCUAGAACUUAAUUUUAGAAAUCGUUUCAAUGUCAAUUCUGUGAUAAUAUUUUCUUUUGAUGGAGAACAUAUGGAUAGUAUAGAAUUAGGAAAAUACAGCUUGCGUCAUAUAAACCUGAAAGACCACCUCCAAGAUCCUGUAGAUUCACAGGAAAACGUUUGCUCCACUCUGUGUGGUGUUAUAGAUGGCAGCGACCCAACGGUUGAAGUGUUUCUAGUCAAUCUGGAGGGAACCUCAAUCAACAAACAAAUGAAAUUUGAAGUCAAGAAGCAUUCUGUACUGUUCGUUCAAGAGGACAACAGCUUCUUGCAUGCUCAGGUGGCUCUCAACACCAAGAACAAAGACUCAGUUCACUUCAAAGCAGUGUCGUCAACGAGUAGCGAAGUUUGUCUCUUUCCCAUGGAAACGGACACAGAACUAUGCAAACAAAUUGCCCUAAUGAUGGCCGAGUGUCGGAAAAACUCAUGAGGAUGCAUGUACAACAAUUGCUCGAUGGUUUUCAAUUUCAUUUGUUUUAUUUUUAAUAUUUUUACCAGUUUUAAACUGCGACAUAGUUGAAACUAUAAUUCUUCAAUAAUACAAUUAAUCAUGUUUUAAGUAGCCACCAAAGGUUCAUUAAAAGAAAUGGACCUUGUUUGGCUGUAACUGCAGCUACAAAAGGUGGCCACUUUAAGAUUAAAGCUCUGUACCGGCUCCCCGCCAUGGAACCGUGGACUGGCGAUGCCAGAACAUGGAUCCAUGGUGGGCGUGCCUGAACCGUUCUGGAUAGGGGCACGAGAAAAUAGUUCCGAUUCCGAUUCCGGCUCCCACCCAGAGCAAGUUUUAAACUACUCAGUAGGUAGGUGUAGGACGACU